AUGGCGUCAACAGCGACUGGAGCGACGGGAUGGUACCGAGGAAAGGUGAAAGCGGUUCCGUCGGGGGAUUGUGUUGUCAUCAUGGCCAUGCCCUCCGGAAAGCCUGGUCCCUUGCCUGAAAAGUCCAUCACCUUGUCAUCUCUAAUGGCUCCAAGACUGGCGCGUAGAGGUGGUGUGGAUGAGCCGUUUGCUUGGGAAAGUAGAGAGUUUCUACGGAAGCUCUGCAUAGGGAAGGAAGUGGCCUUCAGAGUUGAUUAUACCGUGCCAGCGAUAAGCCGUGAUUUUGGCACAGUUUUUAUAGGGGAUAAGAAUGUUGCAGUGCUGGUUGUUUCUGCAGGAUGGGCUAAGGUAAGAGAGCAGGGGCAACAGAAGGGAGAGGCAAGUCCUUACCUAGCUGAAUUGUUACGAUUGGAAGAACAAGCUAAACAAGAAGGCCUUGGUCGUUGGAGCAAGAUUCCUGGUGCUGCUGAGGCAUCCAUCAGAAGUCUACCACCAUCGGCACUUGGUGACUCUGGCAACUUAGAUGCUAUGGGUUUAUUAGCUGCUAACAAAGGCAGGCCCAUGGAAGGAAUUGUCGAGCAGGUUCGGGAUGGAAGUACCCUGCGUGUCUAUUUGCUCCCAGAUUUUCAGUUUGUCCAAGUUUUUGUUGCUGGAAUUCAGGCCCCACAAAUGGGAAGGAGAGCUGUAUCUGAAAGUGUUGUUGAACCAGAGGUGCCAGCUGAUGAGACUAAUGGAGAUGUUCCUGGGGAACCUCGAGCUCCACUCACAUCUGCCCAAAGACUUGCAGCCUCAGCAGCAGCAACUGCCGAAACUUCUGCUGAUCCUUUUGCACCUGAAGCAAAAUUCUUCACUGAGACAAGAGUAUUGAAUCGAGAUGUUCGAAUUGUCCUAGAAGGUGUUGAUAAGUUCAGCAAUUUGAUUGGGUCAGUCUAUUAUCCUGAUGGUGACUCAGCAAAAGAUUUGGCAUUAGAGCUUGUGGAAAACGGUUUUGCCAAAUAUGUUGAAUGGAGUGCCAAUAUGAUGGAAGAAGAAGCGAAGCGGAAACUGAAGACUUCAGAGCUUCAGGCAAAGAAAAACAGGUUAAGAAUGUGGACGAACUAUAUACCACCAGCAACAAAUUCAAAGGCGAUACAUGACCAGAAUUUUACAGGAAAGGUGGUUGAGGUCGUUAGUGGAGAUUGUAUCAUUGUUGCUGAUGAUUCAAUUCCAUAUGGCAGUCCACUAGCAGAGCGGCGAGUCAACCUUUCAAGUAUUAGGUGCCCCAAAAUGGGCAAUCCUCGUAGAGAUGAAAAACCAGCUCCCUAUGCCCGUGAAGCAAAGGAGUUCUUGAGAACACGCCUCAUUGGUCGUCAAGUAAGUGUUCAAAUGGAGUAUUCUAGAAAAGUUCCUCUGGUAGAUGGAUCUGCUGUUCCAGCAGGAGCGUCUGAAGGUAGAGCAAUGGAUUUUGGAUCAGUAUUCCUACUCAACACUGUUAAGGCUGAUGGUGAUGAUGCUCCUUCAUCUGUUUCACCUGCUGGAAGUCAGCCAAAUGGGGUGAAUAUUGCUGAGUUGGUUGUUGGCCGUGGUUUUGGAACUGUCAUUAGACACCGUGACUUUGAGGAGAGAUCAAACUACUAUGAUGCUCUUCUUACUGCUGAAUCACGCGCUAUUUCUGGAAAGAAAGGGAUCCAUUCUGCCAAGGAUUCCCCAGUCAUGCAUAUAACUGAUUUGACCACAGCAUCAGCGAAGAAAGCCAAAGAUUUCUUGCCUUUCCUUCACCGUAGUAGAAAAAUCCCUGCUGUUGUGGAAUAUGUCCUCAGUGGUCAUCGUUUCAAAUUGUUAAUUCCAAAAGAGACUUGCAGUAUUGCAUUUGCAUUUUCUGGUGUCAGAUGUCCUGGUCGCAAUGAGCCAUAUUCUGAUGAAGCCAUCUCACUCAUGAGGAGGAAAAUAAUGCAGAGAGAUGUUGAGAUUGAGGUUGAGACUGUUGAUAGAACUGGCACUUUCCUGGGUUCCUUAUGGGAGUCAAGGACCAAUAUGGCGAUUACACUGCUCGAAUCUGGUUUUGCAAAGCUUCAAACCUCCUUUGGUAGUGACAGAAUUCCUGAUUUUCAUCUUCUGGAGCGAGCUGAACAAUCUGCUAGGAGUCAAAAGCUGAAAAUUUGGGAGAAUUAUGUUGAAGGGGAGGAAGUAUCUAAUGGUGCACCUGUCGAGAACAAACAGCAAGAAGUGCUCAAGGUGACAGUAACAGAAGUCUUAGGUGGGGGUAAAUUCUAUGUCCAUCCUGUUGGGGAUCAAAAGAUAGCAUCCAUUCAGCAACAGCUUUCUUUUCUGAACCUUCAAGAAGCCCCUCUGAUUGGAGCUUUCAAUCCUAAGAAGGGUGAAACAGUCCUUUGUCUUUUUGGUGCUGAUAAAUCUUGGUACCGGGCAAUGAUAGUCAAUGGACCUCGAGGACAUGUUGAAUCUCCCAAUGACAAGUUUGAAGUAUUUUAUAUUGAUUAUGGAAAUCAAGAAGAAGUACCUUACUCUCAACUACGGCCUCUUGAUCCAUCUAUAUCUGCUGGCCCUGGUCUUGCACAAUUGUGCAGCCUUGCAUAUGUUAAGGUUCCAAAUUUGGAAGAGGAUUUUGGCCAAGAAGCAGCUGAAUACUUGAGCGAACUCACUUUAAACAGUGGCAAAGAGUUUAGGGCUAAGGUCGAGGAGAGAGAUACAUCUGGAGGAAAAGCAAAAGGGCAGGGUACUGGGACAGUGCUUGCGGUAACUCUAGUUGCUGUGGAUUCUGAGAUCAGUGUUAAUGCUGCCAUGCUACAGGAAGGACUUGCUAGGCUAGAAAAAAGAAACAGGUGGGACAGAAAAGAAAAACAACAGGCCUUUGAUAAUCUGGAGAUAUUCCAGGGAGAAGCUCGGACAAGUCGGCGUGGAAUGUGGCAGUAUGGAGAUAUCCAGUCUGAUGAUGAGGACACUGCUCCUCCUGCUAGAAAGGCUGGUGGCCGGAAGUGA